CGUGGGCAUUGACACCUGGCUCCCCUCAAGAGCAAAGUCUGUGCAAGGGGCUCGGUUCUCAGGCCCCAGCCUGGCCCACCAUGGCACAGCGGCUCCAGGAUGAACUGGCUGCUUUCUUCUUUGAGUAUGACACUCCCCGAAUGGUGCUCGUGCGCAACAAGAAGGUGGGCGUCGUCUUCCGCCUGAUCCAGCUUGUGGUUCUUGUCUACGUCAUUGGGUGGGUGUUUGUCUACGAGAAGGGCUAUCAGACCUCAAGUGGCCUCAUCAGCAGCGUGUCUGUGAAACUCAAGGGUCUGGCCGUGACGCAGCUCCCAGACCUGGGCCCACAGGUCUGGGAUGUAGCUGACUACGUCUUCCCAGCCCAGGGGGACAACUCCUUCGUGAUCAUGACCAAUUUCAUUGUGACCCCCCACCAGGCUCAAGGCUACUGUGCAGAGCACCCAGAAGGGGGUACAUGCACAAAUGACAGUGGCUGCACUCCAGGGAAGGCAGAAAGGAAGGCUCAAGGCAUCCGCACAGGCAAGUGUGUGGCCUUCAACGACACUGUGCAGACAUGUGAGAUCUUUGGCUGGUGUCCUGUGGAGGUGGAUGACAAUGUCCCACGUCCUGCCCUUCUCCAAGAGGCCGAGAACUUCACUCUCUUCAUCAAGAACAGCAUCAGCUUUCCACGCUUCAAGGUCAACAGGCGCAACCUGGUGGAAGAGGUGGAUGCGGCCUACAUGAGGACCUGCCUCUAUCACAAGAUCUUGCACCCGCUGUGCCCUGUGUUCAAGCUGGGCUAUGUGGUCCAAGAGUCAGGACAGAAUUUUAGCACCCUGGCUGAGAAGGGCGGGGUGGUUGGCAUCACCAUCGACUGGAACUGUGACCUGGACUGGCAUGUGCGGCACUGCAAACCCAUCUACGAGUUCCAUGGACUGUAUGAGGAGAAAAACCUGUCUCCAGGCUUCAAUUUCAGGUUUGCCAGGCACUUCGUGGAAAACGGGACCAACCACCGCCACCUCUUUAAGGUGUUUGGGAUUCGCUUUGAUAUUCUCGUGGAUGGCAAGGCUGGGAAGUUUGACAUCAUUCCCACAAUGACGACCAUUGGCUCUGGGAUUGGCAUCUUUGGGGUGGCCACGGUUCUCUGUGACCUGUUGCUCCUCCAUAUCCUGCCCAAAAGGCACUACUACAAGCAGAAGAAGUUCAAGUACGCGGAGCACAUGGGGCCAGGGGCGGGUGAGCGUGACCCCGCAGCCACCAGCUCCACCCUGAGCCUGCGGGAGAACAUGAAGGCAUCCUGA